CAGGCGUUACUACUUGCGAAUACCUGACGACAUCAAUCUAUAUACGUGUGUGUAGAAAGACAGCUAUAUAGAUCACGGACAACCAGGCUAGUCUGCAGUAUUUAUCGAUUAGUUCGCGCUAGCAGCGUUAGCCUGUCCACAUUCCAGCUGUGAGAACUCGCGUCCUCGUGGACGAUUUGCUGCAGGAACUUGGAAACUUAGAAUAACGUUGAACCAACGCCAUUUUCGUCCAGGAUCGUCUCCAAUCGCGGUGUAGGUUGUCCUGAGAUUGUAAAAGCACGCCAGACCAAUAUUUUCGAUAUUUUUAAAUUGAAAAAUUAGCUAAGAAGUCUGAGGAGCGUUUUUAAGACAAUCUUUUGGGAUUUCCUAGGAUCGCCAUGGAUUUUGAGGAGUAUAGAAAGAGAGGUAAAGAGAUGGUGGACUACAUCGCGGACUACCUGCAGAAUAUACGUAGUCGACGUGUGUUCCCCGACGUCUCCCCUGGAUACAUGACGAAGUUGGUGCCGUCCUCUGCUCCAGAACAUGGCGAGAAGUGGGACGACGUCUUCAAGGACGUCGAGAGGGUCAUCAUGCCAGGGAUAACUCAUUGGCAAAGUCCGCACAUGCACGCAUACUUUCCCGCCCUGAAUUCCUUCCCGUCGUUGCUUGGCGACAUGCUUGCUGACGCAAUAGGAUGCCUCGGUUUCACAUGGGCAUCCAGCCCCGCUUGUACCGAGCUCGAGACAAUUGUGAUGGACUGGCUAGGCAAGAUGAUAGAGCUACCUACCGAUUUUCUUCACAGCAACGAACAGACCAUGGGUGGCGGAGUGAUACAGACCACGGCAAGUGAUGCGACAUUUGUGUGUCUCCUCGCCGCGAGAUCCGAAGCGAUCCGAAAGUUCAACGAAGAGGGCUGGGAUCCAGCUGAAAUCAACGCAAGGCUCGUUGGAUAUUGUUCGGAUCAGGCACACUCUUCGGUGGAGAAGGCAGGUUUGAUCGGUUUGGUGAAGAUGAGGCUCUUGCCAAGUGAUGACAACCUCAGUCUCCGGGGUGAUGUUCUCCAAGAGGCAAUCGACAGGGACAGAGACGAAGGAUUAAUCCCCUUCUUUUUAUGUGCAACAUUGGGUACAACUGGCGCAUGCGCAUUCGACAAUCUGAAAGAAGUUGGGCCCAUAUGUGAAGCGGAAGGAUUGUGGAUGCAUAUCGAUGCGGCGUACGCCGGGACAGCUUUCGUUUGUCCAGAGUACCGGAAGUACAUGGAAGGCGUGGAUUAUGCGCAGUCGUUCGCUUUCAACCCAUCGAAAUGGAUGAUGGUGCACUUCGACUGUACAGCCAUGUGGGUGAAAAACAGCGGAGCAUUACAUCGAACAUUCAACGUGGAACCACUGUACUUAAAACACGAAAACUCGGGUGCUGCAAUCGACUAUAUGCAUUGGCAAGUUCCCCUCAGUAAGCGGUUUCGAGCUCUCAAGCUGUGGUUUGUUCUCAGGAUGUUUGGCGUGGAGGGUAUUCGCAAACAUGUCCGCCAUGGUGUGAGAUUGGCAAAGAAGUUUGAAAUGAUGGUGAGAAACGACGAAAGGUUCGAAGUUCCAGCAGAGCGAGUCCUUGGCAUGGUAGUCUUCUGUUUGAGGGACGACAACGACAACACAGAGGCACUGUUGAAGCGGUUAAACAAAUCUGGUAGACUCCACAUGGUGCCAGCAGCAUUGAAGGACAAAUACGUCAUAAGAUUCACCGUGACGUCACAGUACACAACUGAUGAUGACCUCGAGCGGGACUGGGUUACCAUUAGGGACACCGCCACCAGAGUAUUAGCCGACGAGGAUGAGGUUCCGGAGGUGAAAAAGGAGAUAUUAGAAACCGCUGUCCCCGAGAAACGCCAGGUAAUUAUGCGAGUGCCGAGCAUAAAGAGAAAGGAUUUUGGUAUGAGUCUGAUCUUAAGCAAUGUCCCCAUGUCACCCAAGUUUAUCAAUGGGAGUUUUGCCGCCAUCUUCGACAACAACAACAUCAUUGUUGAGUUUGCCAAGGAGCUGAGUCGAGGAGAUUUUAACGGCAAGACGAUAAUGCUAUCGCCUCGCCGCCGCAUGAAACUCAAAGACCAAACAAAACAACAGAGCUUGGAUUGCAACCUGUUUGCAAUCAGGAGGUCCCCUGGUCGCUUCAAGCAAGGUUCUCUUGAUUCCAAAAUUGAUGAAAUUCUGGAAACAUCUUCUUACGACAGUGAUACCCAGUCAGGGCUGUUUAGAUCCGACAGUGUGGAGGAAAAUGGAUGUGAUGCCGAGUUGAAGCUUGGGAAUGCAGUGAAAGAGCAUGCUGAAGGCGUCUCUCAAAGCCAAAAUGGCAUCCACAUGAUUUGCAAGCAUUGUGGAAAGCCGGUUGAAGACUGAGAUUUUAAAUCAAAGUUACAAUCUGGUUGUGCAAAUAAAUGUUAUCACAUGAUGAACUAGACAUUUGGAUACAUGGUUGAUCAAUCAAAUGCAAUGUAUUAAUCAUGGAAGAAUUAUUUCCAAAAUGGAUGCUAACAUAAAUAUGUCAGAGUUGUAGAAAUGAUAUUUUUACGAUUUGUGAAAAGCAUUGUUAUGUAUCUUUUUGGGUUCCAAUCCAAUCCAGAAACGAUUCAAUGGUUGUGAUAGUCAAGUGUACGAUAUUUUGAAUUAAGAUAAUGAUGUGUAGAUAGGGAAAUAUUCAAAGUAUUCUAUAGCAUAUUGUUCGGACGAUAUUUAGAUUACAUAUGCAUAAUUCACACUGCUGUAAGUUUCUAUGGAAUAUUAUAAAAUGUAGAUAUGUAUUGUUAUUGCUAUGUAUUUACGUCCUAGUAUAUGUAUUCUUUCACCUUUCAGGAUUAGAAUACAGGUAUACUUCUUAUCAAGGUUUUGGGUUCAAAUGUAUGGGUGUUUUACUGUGCGUGUUACUAUAUGUGUGGUUUAUUUGGGAGCGGUGUAUUUAACCUCAUAGUUUAUUUUGUUCUGUUCUUAACAACAAACAUUACAAAUGGUUUUCAAUGUCAUCUUCUGUUUUGGUUUUUCUAUCAUUCAGUUUGAAGAAAUGUUGUUAUACAUACUAUACAUAUUAAAUAUAGUCCCAUGAGAAAGCAAUUCCAUGACGGAUGGUAGAAACAGUGUGCGAAAUAGCCACUGGCCCGCUAGCCCGUGGUAAGUAAAACUCCA